CUAAAUUUUAUUAUAAAUAUCAUAGGAAACAUACGUACAUAUGUUAAACUUCAUUAUCUGGCAAGAUAAUGCUACAAAAUAUUAGUAUCAGACUAUAUUACGUGCGUAGUAAACUGCUAUGUGGGGACGUUGCGAGGCCAAAUUACUCUAUGAAACUUCUCAUUUACUAUCACCUAGUCCUUCUGUUUUACUGAACGUCCAUACGUUUGUUCAUUGUGCAGUUUCGCGCAUGAUUAAUUAUAACAAGCUUUGACAGCAAGCUAUUGGCAAGAGCUUGGAUGAGGAUGAUGACUUUACUAUUGCUCGUCGUCGUCCUGUCGGCUUUGCCUGCCGCUCAGAGUGUGGGGCCGAUCGGCACAUCUGCAGGAGAUCAGGGCGUGGAAAGAAUAGCAGGGUUUAAAUCCAUCAUAUCUUCAGACAAGCAAUGGCAAGACUUCUGGAUGUAUCGUCUUCUUGUGAACCUACUCGGUUACGCAACGAUAAUCCUUCCAGGUUAUCUAAUCUUACGCUACCUGAAAAGAAGUAACUACAUAGAGAGAGCAGGUGAUGGUUGCUUUGCUAGAGUAUUGAAACUAUUUGUCGAUGGUGCCAGCACAGAGAAAGAUGACAUAGAAGAACAAAGUACACAACUGCCUAAACCGGAGCGUUCAGAGAAAGCUCAGGCAUUGGUGUUAUUAUUUUGCUUUCUUGGAUUGCAAUGCUCGUACUUGACCUGGGGCGUCCUGCAGGAGAAAAUCAUGACGAAAGAGUAUGGCGGCUUCAAGAGCGAAACGUUUCGCGACUCACAGUUUCUCGUGUUCGUGAACCGAAUCCUCGCGUUCGUUCUCGCCGGCGCGUACAUCCUGCUGACGAAGCAGCCGCGCCACACGGCGCCGCUCUACAGGUACUCCUACUGCUCGUUCUCGAACAUCAUGAGCAGCUGGUGCCAGUACGAGGCGCUCAAGUACGUCAGCUUCCCGACGCAGGUGCUCGCGAAGGCCUCCAAAAUCAUCCCCGUCAUGCUGAUGGGAAAGCUGGUGUCGAAGAAGUCGUACCAUUACUUCGAGUACGUCACGGCGGUGAUGAUUUCUGUCGGGAUCAGUCUCUUUCUGUUGUCGGGCCAUGGUGAGCAGAGCCACCGAAACACGGUGACGACAUCGUCCGGCUUCCUCAUCCUCGUCGGCUACAUGCUCUUCGACAGCUUCACGUCGAACUGGCAGGGGGCGCUGUUCAGCGCGCACAAGAUGUCCUCCGUGCAGAUGAUGUGCGGCGUGAACCUCUUCUCGUGUCUGUUGACGUUCGUGUCGCUAUGGCAACAGGGCGGCUUCAUGCAGUCGCUCCUGUUCGCGACGCGACACUUUGCCUUCGUCUUCGACAUCUGCCUGCUCUCCGUGUGCUCGGCCGCAGGGCAGCUGUUCAUCUACUACACGAUUUCUCAGUUCGGUGCAGUGACGUUUGUGAUAAUCAUGACUACGCGGCAGGCGCUAGCUAUCCUUCUCUCGUGCGUCAUCUACGGUCACAUGGUGACGGCUUUAGGGGCGAUUGGAAUCGUCGUAGUCUUCAUUGCUAUCUUCCUACGGAUCUACUGCAACCACAAGGUUAGACAACGAAAAAUAAUUGAGAGCAGGAAAGCGGUACCAGCGGCAUCUGAAGCUUAAUUUGGUAAUGCAUGCCCUAUUUGAUUAUACUUCCAAAUAUUAUCUCACCCCCGUUAUUUAUAGCCAUUAUAUAUUAAUUAGGACGAUUGAAUUGAUUUGAACCAUGAUGUAAUCAUUACUGUAAUGGGAAUUGAUUGCUUAUUAUAUUUUAACAAGAAUUGGGAAGAAUUCUUAUAGACACAGUUGAUGUAUAUAUAGCUGUUUAAAUAGUCAAAUAUGCUAUUUAUCUGCCGACUUUUACAACAUUUAUUCACUGGUUUGUUAAACACGCAUAAUGCACGUGACAAACACGAAAAAUUAUUAUGUUUUGUUAAUAUAGCAUAUUUUUAGCAUUUUAUCUACUAUAUUUAGCAAGGUGAUCGAUCAGUGGAAGUCUGAAUGUCUAUAUUAAGGUUCGUGCAAUCGUUGGAAGAAUAAUUUGUUAAUUUAAUCAAGGUGUGUUGGCCAGAAUUAUAGUGGAAUUAUAUAUCAUUACAAUUGAAGUUGCACAUUUGGAUUGUCUAAACUCCUGGGAUGGAUGGGUAUUAUAUGUGUGAUACACUUUUACGUUAAAUAAAAUAUCAGAUAAAAUCGGUAAUACACAGGUUAUGCUGCCCAUGCGUAGGUGGAGUACAGCUGUUAUAAUUAGUAGUCAUUAGCUUUGUGGUAGGCCCAGGUAUUGUUCAUUAUAUUUUACAUUUAUAUUGAGUCUCAUAUUACCUGGAAAACCCAAUGAUCGUGGCUCAACUUUUUUCUUUGUUGUCUCUGUAUUAAUUCCAAGUGUACACUAACUAUAUGAUGCCAAUUAAUAGUUAAUUUAAUAUUGUUUUCUUUUAAUUGUUUUACAUUGGUAAUUAUAGUAUUUAAUUUGUUUUUUUGCGCAUGUAUUUUGGACUAUUGAGAUAUAUGUAUUGCUUCACAAGUAGCUGAAUCGACAAUUUCAUUGUAGAAUUUGAAGAAUCUCUUGAGUGCUGGGUACAUCAACUACAUAGAUGUCAACAAAGCCAAUCUCAGCUUUGAAGGAAUAUACGUGUUUCGUACAACUUCCUUGUUUGCGAUGCGAUUUCCUGUGAUGAGUGAAUGUAAGCUGUCUCUAUGUAAGAAAGUCUUGUGGAGAAAAUCUAUAAUAUAUAUUCCAUGAAAAUAUGAUAAUGUUCUUUCAACCUAUACUGUUAUGUAAAAGUGUGGCCUUCGUUGAAAGGUGUUGAUAAGGAGACAAACAAUUUUGUGUAUUUUUAUAUAAACGGUUAGGGACCUUAUGAAAGGGGUUGUUAAAUUGGUGUAGCAUGAACAUGGUAUUGUAAUAAUAAAUUAUAAACACAGUAAUUGGAA